AUGGGCAAGCAAGUGGAUCAGGUCUACGACCCGUCUGCAAGGACGCUGACGCCGCCGCUGCGGGAAACUAGCGAGCAGGUGGCCCUGCAGAACACACCGGUGGACACCACCGACGCCUUGGCGAUGCCGCCGCUGUCGGAGUCGGAUGGGAAGGACACGAAGGUACCCACGUGUAGCCGCGCUGUGAACUUCACAUGGGAAAACCUGACCUACCAGGUGCCGGUCGAGGACAAGGAUGGCAACAUUACCUACAAGACCUUGCUUUUCAACCUCAGUGGGUGCGCCAAGGGUGGGCGCGUGCUGGCCAUCAUGGGACCCUCUGGCGCGGGUAAGACGACGCUGAUGGGCACAAUCACCGGCAAGCUCUACAACGCCACGGCACGACAGGAAGGGUGCUGCUUCAUGAACAAUAAUAUUUACCAGCAACGCUACAAGCGCUUGGUGUCGUAUGUGUGUCAGGACGAUAUUGUCAUGGGCAAAGACACCCCGCGCGAAGCCAUUUUCUUCUCUGCACGUCUGCGCCUCGGACUCGACAGCAGCACCGCCCGCCAGCGUACCGCGGACGUCAUCAAGCGACUCUCCUUGACGAAGUGCCAGGACACAAUUCUUGGCAUCCCCGGUAUUCUGAAGGGCGUCUCCGGUGGCGAGCGCAAGCGGACCAACAUCGGCACUGAGCUCAUCACGAACCCCUUUGUGAUGCUGCUGGAUGAGCCAACGACCGGACUGGACUCUGUGAACGCCGUCCGCGUCGGUCAGCUGUUGCAAGAUCUAGCCAAGAACGACAUGCGCACAGUCAUUGCCACCGUGCACUCGCCCUCAUCAGAGCUGUUCGACCUCUUUGACGAUCUGCUGCUACUGGCGAAGGGUCACGUCAUCUACCACGGACCUACGGCGGACUCCAUCGAGUACUUCGCCUCCCUCGGCUACGACGUGCCGCCGCGCACAAACCCGACGGAGUACUUCAUGAACCUGCUGCAGCUGCCGGAGGACAUCCUAUCGCAGCUCUGGCUCGCCUGGGAAGACUACGUCAUGUCCGACGCGGCGAGGUACAACCCGUGCCUGACCCCGGUGACGGGUGCCAUAACACUGACGGACGACUACCUGGAGGAGCAGCUGGAGCUGAAGGGCGCGAGCUUUUGCCUGCAGUUCUCCGAGCUCUUCAAGCGCUCCUGGCGCAUGUACCUGCGCGAUCCUGGCAACUUCUACGGCCGCUCCGUGCAGACGCUCUUCUUCGCUAUUUUUCUUGGGCUGUUCUUCUUUAACGUGCAGCUGAAUCAGCAGGGCGUGCAGGAUCGCCAGGGCGCGCUCUACAUGACCCUCAUGAACAACCUCUUCGGUGCUGCUAUGAACGGUAUCGCUGCCUUCCCGCCGGAGCGCGCCGUCUUCCUGCAGGAACAAGCGAACGACGCCUACAAUGCGUACACCUACUUCCUCGCCAAGAACGCGGCGGAGCUGCCGUGGCAAAUACUUUUCCCGACACUGUUCGACCUCAUCGCGUACUUCCUAAUUCACUUUCACCGCAGCGCUGACGCCUUCUUUGUCCACUGGUUCAUCCUUGUGCUGCUCGCGAACUUGGGCUACGCUUUCGGUCUCAUGUUCGCCACCUUCUUCAAGCAGUCGCAGGCAGCGUUCGCCAUGGUGCCACUCAUCCUGUUGCCGCUGUUCAUUGUAGCUGGGCUGUUCGCCAGUACAGAUCGCCUGUACCCGUACUGGGUGUGGCUGAACUACCUCUCUUUCCCCCGUCAUGCUUACCUCGGCGUCUUCACGAACGAGUUCGAGCGCCUGACGGUCAUCUGCAGCCCUGUCACGCCCCUGUGCACGUUUCCGGACGGCCAGAGCGUCAUCGAGCACAUGGGCUUUCAGAACUGGCGCUACUGGCAGAGCUUCAUCGCCCUUAUCGUGUACCAGAUUGGCCUGCGCUUUAUCGGCGCGACCUCGCUCUUCUUCCAGGGCCGGAAGCGUCGCGGUAAGCUGCAGUUUGUGAAAAACCUGCGCCAUCGCGUCGCCUCACCGCGUGCCAUCGCAUCGGCCCGCAGCAACGACGUGCUGUCCGACGUUCAGUCAACGCUGGUGGGGUCGAUUGCGACACCGUCGAAUGCGUAUGGCGCCGAGACCUCGUUGCGCGACCAUCAAGAGCCCCACCACUCGCUUUGGGGCAACGAGAUCGAGCUUGCGGCGCUGUCGCCGCUCGAUACGCCGGUGACGUUCGAGGAAAGUCCUAUCAGCGUAAGAGAGAAGAGCCACAGGUACUGA